ACAAAAUGGCGUUGUGCAAUAAACCUGUACCUAAAAAGAUAAAAACCGAAAAAAUCGAUGACUACCCAGUGGAUCUUGUAAAAAGCUUUCGAGAUCUAAAUGAUGCUAAUUACGACACACAGCUAAACGGACUCAGAGAGACUCCAAAUAGUUUACAUUGUUGGAUUUGUGGCGUUGAAAAAAAUAUCAAGACUUUAACGAUAAAAGAUUUUGAUAUUUUCGAUGAUGGGCUUCGAGGACAUCAACUAUGUGGACUUCGAUGUGAUAGAGAGAAACCCCAUUUUGUUGGUUUAAAAGUCGCUGGAAGAUGGUGGAAUAUUGAAGAAAUUUUAUCAUCUGAGAGCAAUCCAAGGAAUGGAUUGAUGGAAAUCAAGACACUUGGUGAUAGACUGUUGCUUUCUGUUCUCAAUACGAUAGUUUACAAUCAGCAUGAAAAAGCAUCUGAAGAACCAAUGUUUGAAUCUCAUCCUCCUAACGAGGCCGGGAAAAUCAUGUGGCAGUCUGGAAAAGCAGUAGGGUUUUAUACAGUCAAAAAGAAAGGUAAACUAAUCUCUCACUUCUUGCCAGAAGUCUGGGAGAUGAACAUGCUGGAUACGAUUUUUGUGAGAAAAGACUACCGCUCCAAAGGCCUUGCAAAACAUAUGGUUGAAGAUUUCAUUGAUGAUUUCCCUAAGGAAUAUAUUGGAUUCUCGUAUCCUUUGACAGUACCAUUGACAUCUAUUUGUUUCAAUAUAUUAAAGAGAAGAAAGGAAGAUAGGGAUAGGGUUUGGGAAUGUAGAGAACCAGGUGGAAUGCAUGGUAGGAUUAAUUUAUGGAGGUCUUUAAAAGCUGAUAAAAUGUUGAAGUCUUCUUGAAGUGUUUCUGUAAGUUAAUUUUUGGAGGGACAAGAUACAUGGGUACAUGAGAGAGGA